AUGUCUUCGGCCGCGGUGCAGCAGACCGGUCCCACCAUUUCCAGCCGCGGGCAGUACCAGCAGCCGCCUCACGGCCGCGACCAGUACUACCAGCAGCCGUCCAAGUCGGCGCGCCCGAGUGGGAAUGGCGAGCCUUCCACACCGCAACAAUCGCAACAUUACUCGCCGUCCACCUCCAACAACUCCGACAUGACAACCCCGCGCGCGCAGCCCGCGUCGUCGUCCACCCAGCCGUCGCCCGUCAUCGCCUCGUCCCCGUACAAUGCCCACCAGGGCCCUGUGCCGCCGCCUCGCACUUCGUCGAACCAUCGCACCUCCGCCCAGCCCGUACAAGACCCGUACCACAGUCAACGAUCUACAGAUGAACGCCCGCCGUCGUCCCGCACCGCCUCACAGAAUAUGAGGGAGGAUCCUGCCAGCGCCGCUGCCAACGCUGCCCAGCGCCGACGCCAGCCGUCCCGCGAGCAGCAAAACUACCAGACCAGCCCUUCGUCGUCGUCUCGGACAAAGCAGACGCCGACCCACAGCCGUUCUGCCACCGCCGUCGGCACUCCGCCGAUGGGUUCCAACCUGCCCCGGGAAGAGAGCACGGUCAUCAACCGCCUGGUCAUCGCGGAUCCCCAAGAGGACAUUGCCCGCGAGCAGGCCCGCAUGGCCGAGACGCGGCCCACCCCGACUGGCGCCGACAUCACGCCAAUCACCGGCCUGGGUCUUGUGGGGAACGAAGGUGUUGACGAUGGCGGCCGCGGCGGUGGAAAGAGCCGGCAGGACCACUCCAGGGAAAAGCGGCGGGAAACCAAGUUUGGCGACUACAUCCUGGGCCAGACCCUGGGUGAGGGAGAGUUCGGUAAGGUCAAGAUGGGCUGGAAGAAGGACGGCGGAGUCCAGGUUGCCAUCAAGCUCAUCCGGAGAGAAGUCCUGGGCUCCAACCCCAGCCGUCUUCCCAAGAUCUACCGCGAGAUCUCCAUCUUGCGCGGGCUGCAGCACCCUAACAUCGUCCGCCUGCAUGAGAUGGUCGAGACAGAACGACACAUCGGCAUAAUCCUGGAGUAUGCGUCCGGCGGUGAGCUGUUUGAUUACAUCCUGAACCACCGCUAUCUCAAAGACAAUUCGGCGCGCCGCCUGUUUGCCCAGCUGGUUUCUGGCGUAGGCUACCUGCACAAGAAGGGUAUUGUGCACCGCGAUUUGAAGCUCGAGAACCUUCUGCUCGACCGGAACAAGAACAUCAUCAUCACCGAUUUCGGCUUCGCCAACACUUUCGACCCGAACGACGAGCUUGGGGACGAGAUCGAGUAUAACCUCGGAAAUAAGGAGUUCGUGAAAAAGGCGGGGCUGGAGAUCGUCGGCGACAGCGGACACCGCCGGGGUGAUUUGAUGCAGACGAGCUGCGGAAGUCCGUGUUAUGCCGCACCGGAGUUGGUCGUGAGCGACUCGUUAUAUACCGGCAGGAAGGUCGACGUCUGGAGUUGCGGCGUCAUUCUGUACGCUAUGCUUGCUGGAUACCUUCCGUUCGACGAUGAUCCAGCCAACCCCGAAGGCGACAACAUCAACCUCCUCUACAAGUAUAUCGUCUCCACCCCUCUUACCUUCCCCGAAUACGUCACUCCGCACGCUCGCGACCUCUUGAAGCGUAUUCUCGUUCCCGAUCCACGUAAACGCGCCGACCUUUUCGAGGUUGCCCGGCACAGCUGGCUGAGCGAGUAUGCGCACGUUGUUGGAUUCAUUACCAGUAGCACCACGACGUCGAGUGACAUUGCCAAUACGACGGUCCCGCCAGAGGACCCGUACGAAGUCCCGCAGCUUGCUCGCAGUGCAUCGGUCCGGGAAGCCAGCAAGCAACAUACGUCUGUCGCUGCUGUUGGUGGUUUGACGCAAAAGCACGGCCACAUCGACCAAGCCGAGUCGCCGGACAAGCAAGGCAGGCGGGAUGCAAAACGCAGAACUGUGCAAGUCGAAUACGUUGCACCUCACACACAGACCCAAAGAGGCGGAGAGUCUUCGACGGUCACUGCGGGCCCUACGGUGCCCCUGGCCCAAGGUGGCGCUCAGCGCUCUCGCUCCAGGGACCAAGGCCCAGUGGAAGUGCCAUCUUCCGAUGGAUACGCUUCUUCAACGACCAGACAACGUCGUCCCUCGGCGGGAUCUGCACAACAAGUUCCAGCCUCGCGCCAGACUCGCGAAGGCCCCCGCGCCGUCUCCGACUCACCGUUCGGAAAUGCCCCACCUUCUUCCUCCGCAAGACCCUCUACUGGUGGCACAUUGGGUGGAUCGUCAAGGCUUCCUUCACGCGGAAACUCGUACGGCCAGCCUGCCGCGGCUACUGUCGCCACUACUAAUGUCCAGGGCCGUUUCUCACAGCCCAAGGGCAAGCAAUACGUCAUUUCUGCGCCGAUGCCGCAGGACGAGGAUCCGACCAUGGGCCAGCCAUCCACCCAGAGGAUGCCGUCUGCUGGCUACCAGCCGCAACAAGAAGCACAGUACACGCAGCGCAGCAGUCACAAGCGGUCUAAUACCGUGGGAGGCAUUGGGGAGAAGAUCUUCAGAACGUCCUUGUUUGGUGGAAGCUCGAAGCCACAGAAAUCCUAUCCUCCUGUUAGCAUGAACAACUCGAUGAACAGCGGAGACAGCACCAGGAAGUCGACCGAGUCCUCCCGCCGUCCUUCGUUGAGCUUCAGUCGCAAGACCAGUGAGGGCGGUCGUGCAGGAGACAGGUCCUCGCGCAGGUUCUCCUUGCUGCCCGCUUCGUUCUCUAUGAAGAGCUUCACGGGCGGGAACAAGGAUUCACCCGGGGCAGCCGACCGCCGUUCGAUCGGAGCCGGCGGGCGGCAACGGGCGCCAUCCCGGCCGCAAAUGGCUUUCGGACGCGGCGAAAGCCCGUCGCCCAGUCAGAGCACCGGCAACACGAUACCUAUCACCUACGAUGAUCUUGACCGCCGUCGCACGGGCGAGACGACGGACGUACGCCAGAAGCGCAGGAGUCAAAUGUCGGGACGUGGCCCGACGUCAGCACCGGCAGACCAAACCCAAUUCCAGGCCCAGCCGGCGUAUCAGUACGAAGACAAUGCCAUACAGCAGUAUCCCUCGAAUUCGGAGCAGGGCAACUCUUACUACCACGGCAAUGAAUCGGACCUUUCAUCUCAAGGGCCGCAGUCGCUGCCGUACCGUUCGCGCAACGCGCCGUACGACAGUGCGGAGGCAGUUUCGGAGCCACGGGAAGGUCGGGCCCGGGUGCUCCAGAAGAACCGUCGGUUCGCGGAUGCGUAUGAGGACAACCAGCGCCACGCUGGCAGCUCGGGUGCGGCGCGCAGGGUCAUGGAUCUCUUCCGCCGCCGUGGAAAGGCUAGAGGUGGGUGA